GCGUUGGUUAUAUUUUCAUAGAAGUUUCGGAAAUUGUGGAUUGAUUUUACAGUUACUACCACGUAUCUGAUGAAAGACACACUGAAGAACCGUGAAACUUCCCUUCUUGUCAUAAUGUCACAAACAUUUUGGAAUAAUUCCGUUUCCCGAGGGGAGUGUCCAGUCCGGUCAGCUGUUUGACAGGUCGGCCAACGGAUAAAUACGAUUUUAUUUUUAUUGUUUGUCCCUCUCUUUUGAUUAUCUCUUUGAUUAAUUGGGUUUGAAAAUUUCUAAGUGAUGGGUCCUCGUCUUGAGGAAUUGUCAAACUUAGCAAACAAAGCGUGACGCGGAGUGGUCUGCCAGUGGCAGUCUGCACCCUGGCGUCUGCUACCGGGGCUAGUUUCGUGUCAAAACGCCACGUUGGAAGGAGGUUUGUACUCUACAAGAAUCUGAAAAUAUUCCAUGUAGUAGUAGUUCCGCCUUAAGUUCUGACAAAACAUCAAAAUGAAGGUUAAGGAACUCGACAAGACUGUAAAUGUGGCUUGGUCACCACCAGCCCAACACCCCAUCCUCCUGGCAGCAGGAACAGCAGCACAGCAACUUGAUGCAUCAUUUAGCACGUCUUCAACUUUAGAGAUCCAUGCUCUCAAUUUAGGGGAUCCAGGAGUGGACAUGCAGAUAUUAGCUUCCGCUCCAAGUGAACAGAGAUUCCACAAAGUUGUGUGGGGGAACAAUGGAGCCAUUGUGGGGGGUUGUGAUGGUGGCUUGGUGCAGAUUUACAAUUCUCAGAAACUUCUGUCAGGAGAAAAGGUUCCCAUAGCUAGACAAGACAAGCACUCUGGUCCUGUACGAGCCUUAGAUUUUAAUCCGUUUCAAUCUAACUUGUUGGCUACUGGUGCUGCUGAAUCAGAAAUUUAUAUCUGGGACCUCAAUAAUAUCAGCACCCCAAUGACACCAGGAGCUAAAGCCCAGCCCUCUGAAGAUGUUGCUUGGAUAUCUUGGAACAGACAAGUACAACACAUUUUGGCAUCAUCUUUCGCUCAACGCUGUGUUGUUUGGGAUUUGCGGAAAAAUGAACCAAUUAUUAAAUUGAGCGACAGUCAAUCAAGGAUUCGUUGGAAGGUUGUAUCAUGGCACCCUGAAGUUGCAACUCAACUGGCUUUGGCCUCUGAAGAAGAUUCUGCACCUGUUAUUCAGCUAUGGGAUUUGCGAUUUGCUACCUCACCCAUAAGGACACUAGAAAAUCAUCAGAGGGGUGUUCUCUCCAUUGCAUGGUGCAUGCAAGAUCCAGAUUUGUUAUUGAGCUGUGGAAAAGACAACAGAAUUCUGUGCUGGAAUCCCAACUCAAAUGUUCCUGGCGGUGAAGUCAUCUGUGAAGUUGCCUCAACAACUCAGUGGAAUUUUGAUGUUGCCUGGUGUCCCAGAAAUCCUGCUUUGAUAUCAAGCUGCAGCUUUGAUGGCCAUGUUAACAUAUAUUCUCUUACUGGUGGUGCACAGCCACAGGUUCAAACAAGUAACAAGAUUGCUGAUUCUUUCCCAGGAAUGGAAAGUUAUGCCCAAGCCACCCCACCCCAACCAGCGCCAGUCUCAGUUGACUUACGGAAACCGCCAAAGUGGUUGCGUAGGCCUUGUGGUGCAUCAUUUGGUUUUGGUGGUAAGCUGGUUUCCUUUCAAUUCGACAAAGCAGCUGUGGCUCAGCAUGCUGCGACUCCACAGCAGCCCGGAUUCAUUGCCCCACCUGCUGUUGCACGAACAGUGUCCAUUAGUCAGGUGGUGACUGAGAGCAACCUGAUGGCACGGGCUCAGGCUUUAGAUAUGGCUCUGCAGCAGGGAGACUACCUGGACUUCUGCAGAACUAGGUCAUCUAACAGCCACACUGCCCAUGAGAGAUUUCUGUGGGAAUGUCUUCGAACAAAUUUUGAGCCAAAUCCGUCAUCUGAAAUUCUCUCUUUGCUUGGCUUUGAUUCAGAGGAAGUGAACAGGAAGUUGAGUGCUUUUUGCACACAAACAAAUGAUUUAGCCUCUGCUGAUGUAAAUGGCAUUGAUAGUAUUACCAACCAAAUGAAUGACUUGUCCUCUGUUUCUGGUGAUGAUGCGUUUAGUGCUAUUGCUGCAUCAACACAAUAUAAUAAGAAGCCAGAACCAAUUGCAUCAUUUAAAAUAGUCACAGGGGAUGACCCCAGUGGAUUGAUCUGUCAAGCAUUGCUGCUUGGCCACACCGAGGUUGCUGUUGAGUUGUGCCUUCAAGAAGGCCGGCAUGCAGAUGCCAUCGUCCUCGCAAUGACUGGAGGACCAGAUUUACUGGCCAAGACCCAAAGCAAAUACUUCCAGAAAAGUAAAGGUUACCUGUCCACACUGAUGGCUGCCGUUGUGACUGAGAACUGGAGCCAAGUGAUAGCGUCCUGUGACUUGGAGAGCUGGAAGGAAGCACUUACUGCAAUUCUCACUCACACACGAGGAGAUGAAUUUUCUAGUUUAUGUGAGCAGCUAGGACAUCGUCUGGAAGUGGAAUCUGGGGGUCUUCACAAGCAGAAAGCCCAACUCUGCUAUGCUAUUGCUGGCAACUUGCACAAGUUAGUGGACAAUUGGAUGACUGCUGUUCAACCUUCAACACCAGAGCAGAUGCAGGAUCUGGUGGAAAUGGUUGCUGUUCUACGUACUUCAAUUGAAAUUAAAGGACGAAAUAUUGAUAUAUCUGGUUCCUUGGCUAACACCCUAUCUCAAUAUGCAGAAUUCCUAGCUUCUCAAGGGAGUUUGGCCUCAGCUCUCACAUAUCUCUCUAAUUCUCAAGAUGAAAAAAUGAAUGAACUGCGAGACCGUCUCUCAGUAGCUUUAGGUUACAAGCAGUUGCACUCACAGCAAGUUGACCCUAGACGAGCAAGCCUCCAGAACCAGCGAGGGGUCCAACCAGUGGGCAACCGACAAGCCCCUUAUUUCUACAACCAGACCCAACCCCAGCACAGCUUCCCUCCAGCGUCGUACAACCCUCCUCCGUCCAUGCCAGCGCCUGUUCCCGCCCCUGUCCCCAUGCAGCCCCUUCCUCCGAUGCAGCCUCUGUCGGGUGUGCCGCCACUGCAGGUGCAGCCCUUGCAGCCCUUGCAACCCGCUCCGCUGGCCGGCCCUCCGCCAGGACCCAGCGCCAGCCCUGGACUCGGCAUACCCAGAGCACCCUCGGUUACAGGCGGCUCUUCAGGGCGGAAGUACGUCUUGGACCCAUCGGUUCAGAGUGGUCCCGUGGGAUUCCCCCCAUCCAACGCCAUGUUCGGCCAGCCGCAGUCGCAGCCUUUCUCUCCGCAGCCAGCGGCUCCGUUAUACCCUGUUCAGCCUCAGAACCAAGCCUACCUUGGUCAGCCGCAGAGCCAGCUCGGCCCGCCCGGCCAGAGUCAGGCAUAUCCAUCGUACGGUUCCCCAGCCUUUGGAGAGGUACCCGCGCCUGGUCCUGGGCCUCUUCCGCCACCGCCCACCAGUCAACCCCCUCCGGGUUGGAAUGACCCUCCAGCUUUGAAAAACAACGCCCGCCAACGGCCCAAGGCCAUUAAGACUGAAGCUCCACCUGUAGCACCAAUAACCCAUCCAUUAUUUGGAGCAGUUCCCCAGGAAACAGCUCCACCCCUUAAUAAUAUGAAUGGAGGAUAUGCUGACCCUAUGGGAGGUAAUGCUGGAGCCUACGGUAUACAGCAGCAAAAUGUUUAUCAGCCACCGAACGUGUACCAACCUCAGAUGAUGCAACAGCAAAUGAUGAAUCCUCAUGAGCCGCCAGAGCCUGUCUCACAGUACGCCCGGGCAAAACCUGAACCACCACCACCUAAAGCUCCGAUCCCAGAUGAACAUGUGGUUUUGCAAACAGCUUUUGAUGAUUUGCGGAAUAGGUGCUACCAAGCAGCAGCCAAUCCGCAAUCCAAGAGGAAGCUUGAUGAUGUAGCCAAAAAACUUGAAGUGCUGUAUGACGCUUUGAGAGAUAUGAGGUUAUCCAACAACACUCUUCAAAGCCUGCAUCAAUUAAUGCAAAUGGUUCGGAUGGGAGAUUAUGCAGGCGGUCUCAACUUGCACACACAGCUGGUAUCAGGUCCCGACUUCUCUCAAAUUUCAAGCUUCAUGCCAGGCCUGAAAGUCCUUCUGCAGUCAGCAUUGCAGCUGGGAGUUUAUCUUCAGUAAAGGAAGCCUGCUACAAUGCUAAGCACAAGGGCAUUUAAUUUACUAUUUAGAAUAAGUGUGUAUAAAAUGUUUCAUUUAUCUUUUAUUAUAAAUAUUUGAUAAAGUAUAUUUUUAAUGCCUCUGUUUAUUAUGAAGGCUGAUGAACUGAAGUCCUGUUGUAAUUUGAUGUUUGUUGUACAAAUGAGUGUCCUAGUGGAAAGUCUAUAUUGUGAAUGUUAGUGGCAAAUAAAUUGGAGAACAUUUAUCAGGCUUUGAUAAAGGUUGAUCGAUUGUGACAAACCUGCAAGCUGUAUUUACAGGGUAUCCACCUACAUACCUUAUCUCUUCGAACUUCGACUGAAUUUCAUAAGAAUGAUGGCCAUUACCUAAUUCAGUACCAUCUUUUCUAUGUUUCUAUGGUUGUUUCUACUUCAAAGUCCUCUUAUUUCCCCAACAAAGAGCUCAGAUUAUUUUAGCCCACAUUCAGUAUUUGAUAUUAUUGGUUGCCUGUUCCAUGGUUUAUUGUUAUUUUUACCAAUUUGUGAGGGUAAAUGUUGACAACUUCGAUUAUAGCUCACUUGGAAUUA